AACACCACGCACGAAGAAACGACCACUUCUUUCCUGUUAGCUGUCGUUUAGCCUAUGGAAUGUUUUGGGAAGCUAAACAAGUUUAGUAAAAUAUUUCACAUUUAGUCUUUAAACCAUACUGGGUCAACGAAUGAGAUUAUGAAUUAGACGUGGCGAAAUCUGAGACUGCCAUCUGGAGACAAGUGAAGUGGUUUCGGCUCUGGACAGGCUCAUCAUGUGUGCUUCAGCAAAGUAUAGCUCCCGGGGCCCUCCACUCAUACCUCGAAUGAAGACUAAGCACCGGAUCUAUUACAUCACCCUCUUCUCCGUGGUCCUGCUGGGGUUGAUCGCAACUGGGAUGUUUCAGUUUUGGCCUCACUCCAUUGAGUCUUCAGCAGAAUGGAGUCUGGAUCGUCGCAGUGUACAUGAUGCUCCAUUGGUCAAGAUACCCGUGAUCAGCCCUAUACCUGAGAGGGGUGACCUGAGCUGUCGGAUGCACACUUGCUUUGAUGUGUAUCGCUGUGGAUAUAAUCCCAAGAAUAAAAUCAAGGUGUACAUCUAUCCUCUUCAGCGAUUUGUGGAUGAGGUCGGAGUCCCCAUUAGCAGCACUGGCCUGUCUCGAGAAUACAAUGACUUACUAAGUGCAAUCUCAGAUAGUGACUUCUACACUGAUGACGUGACCAGAGCCUGUCUGUUCAUACCCUCCAUUGAUGUCUUGAAUCAGAACUCUCUGCGAAUCCGUGAAACGGCUCAGGCUCUGGCCAUGCUGCCAAGGUGGGACAAAGGCAUGAACCACCUGCUGUUUAAUAUGCUUCCUGGAGGACCUCCUGACUACAACACAGCUUUGGAUGUCCCCAGAGACAGAGUUUUGCUUGCUGGGGGAGGCUUCUCCACGUGGACGUAUAGGCAGGGUUAUGAUGUCAGCAUCCCUGUCUACAGUCCCCUGUCUGCUGAAGUGGACCUUCCUGAGAGACAACCGGGGCCCAGGCACUAUUUUAUUCUGUCGUCCCAGACGGCUAUUCAUCGGGAAUACCGUGUUGAACUGGAGAGACUGAAGGAGGAGAAUGGGGAGGCCCUGCUCCUCCUAGACAAAUGCAGCAAUCUUUCUCAAGGACUGGCAUCGGUCAGAAAGCGCUGCUAUAAGAGCCAGGUCUACGACUAUCCCCAAAUCCUACAGGAAUCGUCGUUCUGUGUGGUUCUGCGUGGGGCCCGGCUCGGCCAGGCCACUCUGAGUGAUGUGCUGCAGGCCGGAUGCGUCCCUGUCAUCAUGGCUGAUUCUUACAUUCUGCCUUUCUCUGAAGUGCUGGAUUGGAAAAGGGCAUCCGUUGUCAUUCCAGAAGAGAAGUUGUCAGAGAUGUAUACGAUUUUAAAGAGCAUCCCUCACAGACAGGUUGAGGAGAUGCAAAGACAGGCCCGCUGGUUCUGGGAAGCCUAUUUCAGCACUAUGAAGGCUAUUGGCAUGACGACUCUCCAGAUUAUUAAUGAUCGCAUCUACCCAUACGCAGCUCGCACCUAUGAGGAGUGGAACAAUCCUCCUAUUGUUAAAUGGUCGAGCGUCAACAGUCCACUCUUCCUACCUCUCAUACCACCACGCUCGCCCGGCUUCACGGCUGUAGUGCUGACCUACGAUCGAAUUGAAAGCCUCUUCAGGGUCAUCACUGAGAUCUCCAAGGUGCCUAGUUUGGCCAAGCUACUGGUGGUGUGGAACAACCAGAACAAGAGCCCUCCAGAAGAGUCGCUGUGGCCCAAAGUUGCAGUACCUCUUAAAGUGGUCCGCACUAAAGAAAACAAACUCAGCAACCGCUUCUUCCCGUUUGAUGAGAUCGAGACAGAAGCUGUGCUGGCCAUCGAUGACGACAUCAUCAUGUUGACCUCAGAUGAGCUGCAGUUUGGAUACGAGGUAUGGCGCGAGUUCCCAGACAGGCUUGUCGGAUAUCCUGGAAGGCUUCACUUAUGGGACCAUGAGAUGGGGAAAUGGAAAUAUGAAUCCGAAUGGACCAAUGAAGUGUCAAUGGUGUUGACUGGAGCUGCGUUUUACCAUAAGUACUUCAACUAUCUCUACACAUAUAAGAUGCCUGGAGACAUCAAGAACUGGGUGGAUGCUCAUAUGAACUGUGAAGACAUUGCUAUGAAUUUCCUUGUGGCCAACAUCACUGGAAAAGCCCCAAUAAAGGUUACUCCUCGAAAGAAAUUCAAGUGCCCGGAGUGCACAGCGAUUGAUGGGUUGUCCCUGGACCAGACGCACAUGGUGGAGAGGUCUGAAUGCAUAAACAAGUUUGCCUCUGUGUUCGGCACCAUGCCCUUGAAGGUUGUCGAACAUCGCGCUGAUCCUGUGCUCUAUAAAGACGACUUUCCUGAGAAACUCAAAAGUUUCCCCAACAUUGGCAGUCUGUGAGACUACCACAGCCCAUUCACACCACUUUCAUUUCUGACUACAGGCGGGCAUUUCUUAUACUGUAUCAUGACUUUGGAAGAGUGCUGCUCGGCCGGUGGUGUGAUAGGAGCUGAAGUAUUGUUUAACUUUUACAUGUUUUCCUUUUGAGGAAAGUUUCUGAAACUGGAAGAUGCUUCGCGGUGGGUACGGUGAGGACAGAUCAAAACUCUGCUCAUCACAAACUUGUUUAUCAUGAAUGACGCUACAUGUGUGAGGAAAGUGAGAGCAUGGAGGUGUAUUACAGCCCAUUGAUUAACAGUGGAGGUAAUCUAUCUAUGUAUUUUAUCAUCUUGUUUUAUAAGGAAACUCAUAAGGCCGAACAUAUUGUAGCAUGCAUUGAAUUGCAUAAUUGAUAUGUUUGAAAGUUCAAGUUACUGUAUUUCAUUUUAAAACUGUCACUCGAGGUUUAUCAGUAUAUCAUUUGCAGACUUUCGAAUGUUACUGGAGAUUAUAAAUAGUUUUAUGUUAAUGUUCCCAUUCAGUUCAGCUCAAAUAGGUUUAGCAUAUGAAUGCAAAUUGUGAUAUACCCUGAUAUUACAAAAGACACUAUCAGUUAUAUUCAUAAGGUUUUGUAUUCAUUACUAGUUUUUUUGCUUUUUAAUAAUACCCGUUACUUUGUUUUUGUAUUUUUUUACACUGAGAUUUAUUAAAUGUUAUAAAACAGGUAUAUACAGGUUAAACUUACAAUGCAUAGUCAGUGUAGGGAUGUGUAUUUUGGUCAUUUUGAGGAUCAAAAUAAACCUGAUUAUCAGGAAGUGCUAUAGUACAAUGGGGGGUAUUAAAGUACAGUAUGUUGCAUUUGUGCUAUUUAUUAAUUAUUAGUCUAUGUACUCCCUUUACUGAAUUACAAUAUCUGUACAGUGAUGUGUAAAGUGUUGGUCGCCUCCUUUAAACAUAAAACACACAAUAUAAUUAAUUAAAA